AUGGCAGCAUCCAAACCCCAUCUCGCCUUGCUCCUCGCCGUAGUUCUGAUCGCCGCCACGCCGCAGCCUUCGGCGGCCGUCAGGGCCAAGCCCCCUGCCCCCUCCACCAGCAACGAUCCAGUAGCAAAACCAUCGGCAUGGUGCAUUCCCUGCUUUUCGUUUCUACCGCAGUUAUUCUGUAUACCACCGAUGUUCUGUCCACCAACGCCAAGUGCGCCGCCGCCGCCGCCACCACCAUCGAAGCCGCAGCCGAAAGAGUGUCUACCAUCUUUGAAGGGACUCAUGCCAUGCAAGGAUUACCUCACGAACAGAACCGCGCCGGCGCCUCCAAAGCAAGGCAAGUGCUGCGACGGCCUGAGGUCGCUCUUCCAGAACGCCCCCAUCUGCCUUUGCCGCAUAUCGGAGAACCGCGACCUCGACAAGCUCAUGUCAGCACCCCUGGAGACAAUCUGUAACGCGGGUCUGACUGAUUAUGAAUCUUGCGAAGAGUCAUGA